UGGUCAUCCCAAAUGUGGCGAGUUGUACGUUCCGUGUGGUUGUUACUAUUGGCACACGGUGUCGCAGCCACAGGUCACAGCCACAACCGAAGCGUGCUGGAGUUCACCAUAGAUGAUAUGUUGCUGCUUCAGCGACAGUUUCUGGAUUUCCUAAUCGGGUACGAUGCGACAUCGGUAGUACAGCCAAGCGAUCUACAAUGCCUCGGAACGAUGCAACAACUAUCCGUGGCUUACCUGAAUCGGGAACGUCAUGGAUUGGAGUGGUUCGACUCAUGGGGUAAGAUUCCGUCGGGACUCUACCACGGUAAUGGAAAUUCGUUCGGAAAUUACGAUCAGUGUCGGAAGUACAACUGGCAGCAUGUACGCGGUCAACACUGUACUUUUUUGGCAAUGUUUUCCAGUGAGUGGCCAAUUCUCACCUCUUCCCUGUGUGUGCCGCAAUUCUGCGCACCGCAGUUUGCCCAGCAGUUGUACGGUGAAUAUCUUGCCACACGUGGCGCCAUGAUGAUAACUGAAAUCGAUCAGAAUACUCUGUGCAUUCAAGAUCGAAACGUGGAGUACGACGGGGGUGUGAUAACCGCUAUUGUUAUAUUUUCACUGACUGCGGCCGCGGUGAUUGGCUGUACCGCCUACGAGCUGGUUCAAGUUAACCUCAAACGGGACGUGGACAAAUUGUACAGUUGCUUUUCCCUGUAUCGAAAUGUUUGCAGCAUUCUACAUAUCCCACCGAAGCCCAAAAGUUCGGAAAGUCGAAAAUCCGAAACCAUCGAAUGUGCUCACGGCAUUCGAGCGCUUUCCAUGAUCUGGAUUAUCGUAGUGCAUAUUCACGAAAGUAUAGUUCCAGUUCCGAUGAACAAUCCAGAAGCAAGAAACGAUUAUUUGGACAGCUUCGGGUCGGUCCUCAUCUUCGGUAUGGGCUAUCUAGCGGUGGAUACAUUUUUGGCUUUGAGUGGAAUGCUGGUAGCUUGGAACAUACUGAAGGAGCUUGAUAAGAAGGGAAAAAUCAAUCCACUGAUGCUGUACCUUCACCGUUACAUUCGCAUAACGGCUCCGUUUGCUGCUCUGGUUCUGUUCGUGGUGUCAUUCUCCAAAUACAUGGGCGAAGGUCUGCUUUGGAAAAGUAUAAUUGAGAGAAAUGCGGAAAUUUGCUCCCAAUAUUGGUGGUCAGCCUUGCUGCACAUUCAGAAUUACGUUAAUCCCAGGAGUAUGUGCCUAGGCUGGACGUGGUACCUUUCAGUUGAUAUGCAGCUCUACAUAAUCGGACCGGCUCUUAUCUACCCGCUGUGGCGAUUUGGCAAACGCGUGCUGAUCGUGAUUGCCGCACUGGCAGUUCUCUCGAUGGCAUGCGUCUUUACGACGUUCCUCGUGAAUGAUUUUCGCAUUAGCCAGCAGGCACCGAAUUCGGCGGAUCGGUCGGUUAUGACCUACUAUCCGACACAUGCCCGGAUGGCCGUCUGGCUGUUUGGAACCAUCUUUGGGUACAUACUUUACACCACUAAGUCGACCAAGGUUCGGCUGACCAAGCGCCAUUACGUUAUCGGUUGGGCAACCUGUUUCGCGCUGCUCGGAUUGAUGACUUACGCGUUGUACGAAUUUGUGAGGACGGAUUUCAAUGAGUUCUCCAAUGUGGCGGAUGCGUUCUACGAAGCGCUCUACCGAUCGGUGUUCGGUAUCUGCGUGAUGUGGAUUAUCUUCGCCUGCGUUAACGGGAAAGGUGGUCUCAUCGAUGAAUUGCUGAGUUCUUCCCUCUGGCAACCAUUUUCGAAGCUGUCCUUCACGAUGUACCUACUGCACCUGCAACUACUGCUGAUGGCGUCCGUCGCUUCGGUUAAAACUGAUGGUUAUUUUAGCGUUAUGGACGUGUUCUAUCGCAUUUGGGGUGCCCUUGGGCUGACCACAAGCGUUGCCGUGCUUUGGAGUUCGAUAUUUGAGAUUCCGUUCAUCACCCUAGAUAGGCUACUGCUUAGGAGUUGAAGUCCGGGAACUGUGAUGCAUCUUGAACUGCCAAUACUCUCGAAAUAUAGUACUAAAGUAGCUAAUAGACUGCGUACAAC